AUGGUGUCUUCUGGUUGCAGAAUGCAAUUUUUUUGGUUACUUCUCAUAAUCGGCUUCCUACAGAAUACAGAAGGUUUCAGCCGAGCAGCACUACCAUUUGGUUUAGUUAGGAGGGAACUGUCUUGCGAGGGCUACUCCAUUGACCUUCGGUGUCCAGGAAGUGAUGUCAUUAUGAUAGAGAGUGCUAAUUAUGGACGGACAGAUGACAAGAUUUGUGAUGCCGACCCUUUCCAAAUGGAAAACACAGAAUGCUUCCUCCCAGAUGCCUACAAAAUUAUGACACAAAGGUGCAACAACCGAACACAGUGUAUAGUAGUUACUGGGUCAGAUGUGUUUCCUGAUCCUUGUCCUGGAACGUACAAAUAUCUUGAAGUUCAGUAUGAAUGUGUUCCUUACAAAGUGGAGCAAAAAGUUUUUGUUUGCCCGGGGACGUUGAAAGCAAUUGUGGACUCACCGUCUUUAUAUGAAGCUGAACAAAAGGCAGGUGCUUGGUGCAAAGAUCCUCUCCAGGCUGCAGAUAAAAUAUACUUCAUGCCAUGGACUCCAUAUCGCACUGAUACUUUGAUAGAAUAUGCUUCUUUAGAGGACUUCCAAAAUGGACGCCAACAGACAACUUACAAACUUCCAAAUAGAGUGGAUGGCACUGGAUUUGUGGUAUAUGAUGGUGCUGUAUUUUUUAACAAAGAAAGAACCAGGAACAUUGUAAAGUUUGACUUGAGGACUAGAAUUAAAAGUGGAGAGGCCAUUAUCAAUUAUGCUAACUACCAUGACACUUCUCCAUACAGAUGGGGAGGAAAGACUGAUAUUGAUUUAGCAGUUGAUGAAAAUGGUUUAUGGGUAAUUUAUGCAACGGAACAAAACAAUGGAAUGAUAGUUAUUAGCCAAUUGAAUCCAUAUACUCUUCGCUUUGAAGCAACAUGGGAAACCACAUAUGACAAACGGGCAGCAUCCAAUGCUUUUAUGAUAUGUGGAGUCCUCUAUGUUGUCCGAUCAGUGUAUCAAGACAACGAAAGUGAAACUGGCAAGAAUGCAAUUGAUUACAUUUACAACACCAGGUUAAGCAGAGGAGAAUAUGUAGAAGUUCCCUUCCCCAACCAGUACCAGUACAUCGCAGCAGUGGAUUACAACCCAAGAGAUAACCACCUGUAUGUGUGGAACAACAACUUCAUUCUCCGAUACUCUCUAGAGUUUGGCCCACCUGACCCAGCCCAAGUGCCUACUACCGCAGUGACAAUAACUUCUUCAGCAGAGCUAUACAAAACCACUGUGUCAACCAUAAGCAUGACUUCACAGAAAGGCCCCAUAAGCACAACAUUAGCUGGAGGCACAAAGGAAGGAAGCAGAGGGCCCAAGCCACCACCAGCAGUUUCCACAACGAAAAUUCCUCCUGUGACAAGUUUUUUCCCUUUGCCAGAGAGAUUCUGUGAACCUGAUGAGGCCAGGGGGAUUAGCUGGCCUCAGACGCAAAGAGGAAUGAUGGUUGAACGCCCUUGUCCCAAAGGAACUCGAGGAACUGCCUCGUAUCUCUGCAUGGUUUCCACUGGAACAUGGAACCCUAAGGGCCCUGAUCUUAGCAACUGUACCUCACACUGGGUAAAUCAGCUGGCUCAGAAGAUCAGAAGUGGAGAAAAUGCUGCUAGUCUUGCCAAUGAACUGGCUAAACACACCAAAGGACCAGUUUUUGCUGGUGAUGUGAGUUCAUCAGUGAGGCUGAUGGAACAGUUGGUGGACAUUCUUGAUGCUCAACUGCAAGAACUGAGGCCUAGUGAAAAAGACUCAGCUGGGCGGAGUUAUAACAAGCUCCAAAAACGAGAGAAGACAUGCAGGGCUUACCUUAAGGCAAUCGUUGACACAGUGAACAACCUGCUCAGGCCUGAAGCUCUAGAAUCCUGGAAAGAUAUGAAUUCUUCAGAACAAGCACACGCUGCAACAAUGUUACUUGAUACACUAGAAGAAGGGGCUUUUGUCUUGGCUGACAAUCUCUUAGAACCAACUAGAGUCUCAAUGCCCACUGAAAACAUUGUUCUGGAAGUUGCAGUGCUCAGUACAGAAGGCCAGGUGCAGGACUUGAAAUUUCCUCAGGGCAGUGAAGGAGGGAAUUUGAUCCAACUGUCUGCAAACACUGUGAAACAGAACAGCAGGAAUGGAUUAGCAAAAUUGGUUUUCAUCAUUUACAAAAGUUUGGGACGGUUCCUCAGUACCGAAAACGCAACCAUAAAGCUGGGUAGUGACUUCGUUGGUCGGAACAGUACCAUUGCAGUGAACUCCCACGUCAUUGCAGCCUCCAUCAACAAGGAGUCCAGCCGUGUGUACCUGACUGAUCCUGUGCUUUUUACCCUGGAACACAUUGAUCCUGACAAUUAUUUCAAUGCAAAUUGCUCCUUCUGGAACUACUCAGAGAGGACUAUGAUGGGAUACUGGUCCACUCAGGGGUGCAAGCUGAUUGACACAAAUAAAACUCAUACAUCUUGUGCUUGCAGCCACCUAACCAACUUUGCAAUCCUUAUGGCCCAUAGGGAAAUUGUGUACAAAGAUGGAGUGCAUGAGCUACUCCUUACUGUCAUCACCUGGGUGGGAAUUGUCAUCUCCCUUGUAUGCCUGGCCAUCUGCAUCUUCACAUUCUGUUUCUUCCGUGGCCUACAAAGUGAUCGUAAUACUAUUCACAAGAAUCUUUGUAUCAACCUAUUCAUUGCAGAGUUCAUUUUCCUAAUAGGCAUCGAUAAAACAGAAUACAAAAUUGCAUGUCCGAUAUUUGCAGGCCUCUUACACUUUUUCUUCCUGGCAGCAUUUGCCUGGAUGUGCCUAGAAGGAGUGCAGCUCUAUCUCAUGUUAGUAGAAGUAUUUGAAAGUGAAUAUUCUAGGAAGAAGUACUACUAUGUUGCUGGCUACCUCUUCCCUGCCACAGUAGUUGGUGUCUCAGCAGCUAUUGACUAUAAGAGCUAUGGAACAGAGAAAGCUUGCUGGCUCCACGUAGAUAACUAUUUUAUCUGGAGUUUCAUUGGGCCUGUUACCUUCAUUAUUCUGCUGAAUCUUAUCUUCCUGGUGAUCACAUUGUGCAAAAUGGUGAAGCACUCAAACACUCUGAAACCAGACUCUAGCAGGUUGGAAAACAUUAAUAAUUACCGUGUUUGUGAUGGCUACUAUAAUACGGACUUACCUGGCUAUGAAGAUAAUAAACCAUUUAUCAAGUCCUGGGUCUUGGGUGCAUUUGCUCUCCUGUGUCUUCUUGGCCUAACAUGGUCAUUUGGCCUGCUGUUUAUCAACGAGGAGACGGUUGUGAUGACAUAUCUCUUCACAGUAUUUAAUGCUUUCCAGGGAAUGUUUAUUUUCAUCUUUCAUUGUGCCCUUCAAAAGAAAGUACGUAAGGAAUAUGGCAAGUGCUUCCGACAUUCCUAUUGCUGUGGUGGACUACCAACUGAGAGCCCCCACAAUUCAGUGAAGGCAUCGACAACAAGAACUAGCGCUCGCUAUUCCUCUGGCACUCAGAGUCGUAUAAGAAGGAUGUGGAACGACACUGUGAGAAAACAAUCUGAAUCUUCCUUUAUCUCAGGUGACAUCAACAGCACUUCAACACUUAAUCAAGGAAUGACUGGCAAUUACCUACUAACAAACCCUCUUCUUCGACCACACGGCACUAACAACCCCUAUAACACACUGCUCGCUGAAACAGUUGUAUGUAAUGCCCCUUCAGCUCCCGUGUUUAACUCACCAGCAACCUACAGAGAGACAAGACAUUCACUGAACAAUGCCAGGGAUACAAGUGCCAUGGAUACUCUACCGCUAAAUGGUAAUUUCAACAACAGCUACUCAUUGCGCAAUGGAGAUUAUAAUGACAGUGUGCAAGUUGUAGACUGUGGACUAAGCCUGAAUGAUACUGCUUUUGAAAAAAUGAUCAUUUCAGAAUUAGUGCACAACAACCUGCGGGGCAGCAGCAAGAACCACAACCUGGAGCGCACACUCCCAGCCAAAGCUGUGAUUGGCGGGAGCAGUAGUGAAGAUGAUGCAAUUGUGGCGGAUGCUUCAUCUUUGAUGCACAGUGACAACCCAGGACUGGAGCUUCACCAUAAGGAGCUUGAGGCACCACUCAUUCCCCAACGGACUCACUCGCUUCUGUACCAGCCACAGAAGAAAGUGAAGACUGAAGGAACUGACAGCUACGUCUCACAGCUGACAGCUGAGGCUGAAGACCACCUACAAUCCCCCAACAGAGACUCUCUUUACACAAGCAUGCCCAAUCUUAGAGACUCUCCUUAUCCAGAGAGCAGCCCUGAUGUUGAAGAAGAUCUCUCUCCCUCCAGGAGGAGUGAAAAUGAAGACAUUUACUACAAAAGCAUGCCAAAUCUUGGAGCUGGCCAUCAGCUUCAGAUGUACUAUCAAAUCAGCAGGGGCAAUAGUGAUGGCUAUAUAAUUCCCAUUAACAAAGAAGGAUGUAUCCCAGAAGGAGAUGUUAGGGAAGGACAAAUGCAACUAGUGACAAGCCUUUAA